ACCUUAAAACUAACAGUUCCAUUCAUCAACUAUAUAUAUCUUUAAACAGUUUCUAAUUAUUGGUUUAGGAAUAGUUUCAUCCAACAUGGUCGCACCCGAUAAACUGGUGGAUUCAUCAAUGGAUAGAGGCGAACCAAAAGGUACCAGUGACAACCAUACAGAUUCAGUGACUAAUGGGAAUCAAGAAUAUAGUGGUGAUGACCAGGAUUUGACAUCUAGUCCAAAGUGCGAGGACGUUGGCAGGCAACCAUCAUACGUAGCUUUGGCUUGUUGUAUAAGUGGCUAUACAACCCUACAUUACGACACCACUAAACAGAGGCAAGCCCUUAGAUCACACCCAGUCAGUCCCAUUCGACCAGUAACUAACGGAAAUGAUAACCACCACAUAUAUAAAAGUGAUACUGGAAUUUAUUUACAUCCAAAUUCAAACGAGCUGAAUUUAGACAUGCAGAGUGACGGUAAAGGAAUUGAAGUUUUACCUGGUUGUGGAAGUUUGAAUUCGCCAAGGCACAUGCUCAGGAUGAGUGUCACUUCAGAAUCGAGAAGGAAUUUUACUUCUUCGAUGAUAUCGGAGAACUACUCUUCAUUCAGCGGAACCAAUUCUUCAGCUACAAGUAGCCACUAUUCGUCCCACCAUUUCUCAACGACAAGCAGCUCAUCGACGACAUCCAGUUCCUACAGCCGGGAAGUGAACUCUAAUUCGCAUUCCUCAUCAUCUUCUUAUAGCACUGAAAUGACCAAUGGAGGAUCCCGGCUGAUAGCUGCAACUAAAGCCCCCGGGCAGGUCUCCCCUUCCUCGUUCAUCGUUCAGAGGGUCGAGAGGCUCUAUGGUCCUGGUGCCCUCGCUCAGGGCUUUUAUUCUCCUCGUAGGAUAUCCACAGUUUCCAAGGAUUCUAAAGGUUCCUCUUUAAGCAACGGUUGUGACAGAACUGAUUCUUCUGACUCGCUCCCAGUCUUGAAGCUGCUGCGUCCGGAGUUUAGGGCUCAAUUGACCGUUGCGUCAAGGAAAUCGAAGGGACCUUCUGAUCAGAAAGCUUCAAUAGAAAGUGAUGAUAAUCAUAAGGAGAGUAGUGAAUCAUUGAAAACAGAAGAAAUACCAAAACCUGUUGAAAACGAUGAAGUGGAUGCUACACUCGCAGCUAAAGCUAAAAGUGUCGUGUUGGAAGAGAUUAGGGAUGGGCAGUAUUACCUGAAGCUUCUCGAUGAGAAAGUGAAAGAUCUUGAGGCAUUGGCUCAAAGAGCCGAAGAUGACCUGCCGGAAUGCACUAAUGACGAGGGCUGUGGCAUGCUGCGAGCCGCCUCUGGCAAAGCUCGCCUCCUCGUAGCCGAGAAGCUCAAUCAGUUCCGAGGUCUCUGUCACAACAAUCUGAAACAAUCCGAGAAGGACGAUUUCCCAACCACCAAUGAGGAUUUGGCUGGGUUUUGGGACAUGGUGCUUCUUCAGGUAAAGGAGAUACUGGCUCAGUUCGAGGAAUUAGAGAGGGCAAAGAAAAACGAUUGGAAGAUAGAGGACCCUGUGGAGAAAAGGCAUAAAGAUAAUGGCAGUAUGAGAGCAGCUAGCGCUCCACAGAGGAAAACAGGAGGAGUAGCAAUUAGAAAACCCGCCAGCGCAAAUAGCAGCGAAUCAAACAAGGCUAACUCUGAGCUGAGGAAGGCGAGGGACGAAGCAAGGAGGAAACUGAUCGAAGAGAAAAGGAAAGCGAUGAAGAACCUAAAGAAGGAAGACGACGGCUCUCUAUUUAUUGUAUAACGGUCUGGUCACGCUAGGGCGCAUCUCUAUGAUAUUAUCCAAUGAAUGAUAUUAAUAAUUUAAGCUUAUCAUUUUAUAGCCGAUUCAUAAAAUAUUUAUUAUAUUUAUUCCAUAUACUUUUUUGGUUUAAUUAAUUUUUUUAAUAGAUACUAUUAAUACUUUAACUGUAGAAUCCAU